UAAGACUUUUUUUUUGCAUUUCGCACAGUAACUUUUUUUUUUUCAACUCUCUUUCUCUCUUUCUCUUGACUGGUGCAUUCCUAGUCAAUAUACCUCUUCUUUGCUUCGACAUGGAAAAAUCAUCCCUUCACUCUCAAGAGGAAGUUGUGUACAACGAGAACGUCGUCCCGGACAAUGUACCACCAAUUGAUCCUGAUAUAUCAACUGCAUCAAUCAGCCCGUCAGAUGCGUCCUCUCAUAUAUCCAAAAAUAACGAAGUGGAGGAGAAAAGCGUUAUAGACGUUAUACAAGACCCAAAUUUGCCCAAAGCAGAGGGUUUACAUGCCUGGUUGGUGAUUCUUAGUGCUUUCCUCUGCAACGUUGUCACUUAUGGUAUUGGAACGAGCUGGUGUCAUGCAGGCUUACUAUGACCAAGAGGUUUUCCAUCACUCCGUCAGUAGCGUCCAACUUACAUUUGUAGGCACAUUAAUGUAUGUGUCGCUUAAUCUGGUCAGCCCAGCUGUCCAUGUCCUCAAAUCCAUGUAUGGACCCAAGAUUGUUCUCGCCGCUGG